AUGACGUCCACCAAACCUCCACAGGCUUCCGCUCUCUCCGGCCUCAUCUCCGGCUCGGAUGCAAAGUCACCGGCCCAAGCCCUCUCCCUCGAAAUUCUCCAUAAUCUUCAGCACCAGCACAACUGGACAGAUCUGAAACUCCACCUGGUCAGCCUGAACGCAACUUCGCCUCAAGGAUUCGUCCAUCUCGACGGAUUCAAUCUGUCGUCAGGACUCUCGCCGUCCUCGACGCCAAGUCCCUCAGGGACCUCAAACCCUCUGACCCCCGGCGAGACAGUGACUUUGAUUUCCGGCCUGCCCCCGCAGCAUAGCUACGUUCAUCCAGAUUUGCAGACGUAUCUGAUAAAGCACUCGAUCCCAGAUACGUCGCUGCCCGUUCAGCGCGAGCUCGUCCUUCCACUAUCGCUCGGCGAGAAUUGGACGCUUUCUCGCUUCUGCGCGGUCUUCGACCACUUGCCGGAACGGCAGGUGAUUCACGUGCAAGGAGCUGGGGGCAGUGGAAGGCCUAUGGGCACACAGGCCACCCCUGCCGAUGGAAGCGCGAAUGGCAGCGCGACUGGCCGAGUUGGCGGGUACGAGCACCGCGAUCAAAAGCGUGUGUUGUUGGGGAUGAAGGCUCGUGACGGCGGCGGCGGAGAUGGCACCGUGGUCUAUUAUAUUAUGCAAGAAGGAGAGAUUAAGCCGAGACAGAACGGUUGA